AUGAUCACUCGCUUCUUGACCUCCGUCUCGACCGCUUUCUCGCCUUUCAACCCCAAGUCUGGCAAGACAGCCCGCAACUUCCUCGCCCUCCUCCCGCCAAAUGCCCGCACCACCAUGAAGAUCGAUAUCAAGCAACUGCCCAGAGCCGAUGCUGCCAAGCCCGCUCUCCUGGCUCUCAAGUUCAAGGACGGCAAAGAGAUGAACCUCGACUUGGAGACGCUCAAGAUCAAGGAUAUCAUGACCGAAGUCGACCGACACUCGCGCAUGCUUGGCAGAAAGGAAGAGCUGGCUGGCUGA